CCUGAGGCUAAAAAAAAAUAAAACCUCCCCAAGAGCCUCCGGCAGAGCUGGGAAGGGGUGGGGGGAGAGUCUCGGUUUCCCAACCCAGUACCGGAACCAACCCAGUUUCCUCCGUCCGGCCCCGUUUGCCCCUUGUGUCAUCCACCCAGCCUCAUGAUUCAUCUCCUGGCUCCUUCCAGACCUUCAGCUGGUCCAGGAUUUCUUUUCCAUCCUUGGUCCCGACAGCUCCCGAAGUUUGGGAUUGAGUGGAGAAGAUGGGAAAAUGCUGCGAGGUUUUGGGGUUCCUCGUCCUCUGCUCCGCUGGAGUUUGGGGGGGGAACAUCUGCACCACCCGAGGGGUGAACUCCUGCAAGCAGUGCCUGGGUGUCAGCCCCCUCUGUGCCUGGUGCUCCUCAGAGGCCUGGGCUCCAUCCUCCCCUCGCUGUGACCUUCACACCAACCUCCUGCAGAAAGGUUGUGGGAAGGAGAACCUCGAGUUCCCCACCAGCACCAUCAAAAUCCUACAGGACAAACCCCUCAGCACCAAGGGCUCGGGGGGCUCCACCACCACCCAGAUGAGACCCCAGAAAAUUCAGCUGAACCUACGGCCAGAUGACUCCCAGAUCUUUCAAGUCCAAGUGCGUCAAGUGGAAGACUACCCCGUGGAUAUCUACUACUUGAUGGACCUCUCCAAUUCCAUGAAGGAUGAUCUGAGGAAUAUCCAGCACCUGGGCACCAAACUGGCCACAGAGAUGAGGAAACUCACCAGCAACCUCCGGAUCGGGUUCGGGGCUUUUGUGGACAAACCCAUUUCCCCCUACAUGUACAUUUCUCCUCCUGAAGCCAUCACCAACCCUUGCUACGAGACUGGGGAAACCUGCCUGCCCAUGUUUGGCUACAAACAUGUCCUGUCCCUGACUGACGAGGUGACCCGAUUCAACGAGGAGGUGCAGAAGCAAAGCGUCUCCCGGAACCGCGACGCGCCUGAGGGCGGCUUCGAUGCCAUCAUCCAGGCCACUGUCUGCCAGGAGAAGAUUGGGUGGAGGAGUGAUGCUUCCCACCUCUUGGUCUUCACCACGGAUGCCAAGACCCACGUGGCACUGGAUGGCAGGCUGGCUGGGAUUGUGCAGCCUAAUGAUGCCCUCUGCCACAUGGAUGAGGAUAAUUUCUACUCUGCCUCCACCAUCCUGGACUAUCCCUCCCUGGGCCUGAUGACUGAGAAGCUCUCACAGAAAAACAUCAACUUGAUCUUUGCUGUGACAGAUGCAGUUGUUGGCCUCUACCAGAACUACAGUGAGCUGAUCCCUGGCACCACUGUGGGCACCUUGUCCACAGACUCCAGCAAUGUCCUGCAGCUCAUCGUGGACUCCUAUGGGAAAAUCCGCUCCAAGGUGGAGCUGGAGGUUCGGGACCUCCCUGAAGAGCUGUCCCUGGCCUUCAAUGCCACCUGCCUCAACGACGAGGUCAUCCCCGGCCUCAAGUCUUGCAUGGGCCUCAAGAUUGGGGACACGGUGAGCUUCAGCAUCGAAGCCAAGGUGAGGGGCUGUCCUGGGGAGCAGCAGAAAUCCUUCACCAUCAAACCCGUGGGUUUUAAGGACAGCCUGACAGUGGUGGUCAACUUCCAGUGCAACUGUUCCUGCCAGAACCAAGCCCAGGCCAACAGCUCCUCCUGCAGCCAAGGACACGGGACCAUGGAAUGCGGGGUCUGUCGCUGUCACCCGGGGCGUUUGGGUUCCCACUGUGAGUGCUCAGAAGAGGAUUACAAACCCUGGCAGCAGGAUAACUGCAGCCCCCGGGAGGGACAAGCCCUGUGCAGCCAGAGGGGGGAGUGCAUCUGUGGGCAGUGUGUCUGCCACGGCAGUGACUUUGGGAAAGUGACAGGAAAGUACUGCGAGUGCGAUGACUUCUCCUGCAUCCGCUUCAAGGGACAGAUGUGCUCUGGCCACGGGCAGUGCAGCUGUGGGGAUUGUUUGUGUGACUCGGAUUGGACUGGGGAUUCCUGCAACUGCACCACCCGGACUGACACCUGCCUGGCCAGCAAUGGCCUGGUCUGCAGUGGCCACGGCUCCUGUGUCUGUGGCAAGUGUGACUGCACCCAGCCUGGCUCCUACGGAGACACCUGUGAGAAGUGUCCCACCUGCCCUGAUGCCUGCACCAUCAAAAAGGAAUGUGUGGAGUGCAAGAAGUUUGAGAGGGGAGUCCUGGUGCAGCAGCAAUCCUGCAGCCGCCUGUGCCGGGAUGAGAUCCAGAACGUGGAGGAGCUGGGUGACAGGGGCAAGGAUGCAGUGAAUUGCACCUACAAGGAUGAGGAUGACUGCGUGGUGAGGUUCCAGUACUCCGAAGAUUCCAGUGGCAAAUCCAUCCUCUAUGUCAUCCAGGAGCCAGACUGUCCCAAGGGUCCAGAUGUCCUGGUGGUCUUGCUCUCAGUGACAGGAGCCAUCCUGCUCAUUGGCCUGGCUGCUCUGCUCAUUUGGAAGCUCCUCAUCACCAUCCACGACCGCCGGGAAUUCGCCCGUUUUGAGGAGGAGAAAGCCAGAGCCAAGUGGGACACGGGCAACAAUCCUUUGUACAAAGAGGCCACGUCCACCUUCACCAACAUCACAUAUCGGGGGAACAUCUGAGGACGCCUCAUCCAGCACUUCCUGGGAGAUCAGCCAAGGAUCCCUGGGACUUUCUGGAAUCUGCUGUACAGAGGAGCUUGCUUGUGUGUCUGUGUCUGCCUGUGGAACCCCACACUGUCCCCAAAGCCUCGGGGUGCCCACAGGGAUCUCCUGUCCCCACCAAACCUCUCCUCCUGACCUCAGGGGGGUCACCCCGCAGGAGGUGGUGGUCCCUCCAGACACUGGAUGUGGAAAAAAUGGGAUUUUCUCUGCUUGAAGAGGCUGGGAAGUGCCCACGGGGCCACGUGGAUUUGGGGAGCAGCUGAGCUGUGCUCCUCUCCGUGGCUGGAAGAAGCUCUGUCCCCUGGGGCACUGGACAGAGGUGGGGGCCCAGGGGACAUCUCAGGGGACAUCUCAGGGGACAGGGCAGCUCCACAUGCUGCCAGGAGCCAGGAGCCAGCACGGGGCUUGAGGACAUUGUUGGAGCAACCCAACAGGCUCCUGCUUCUUGGAGCCACAACUUGAAUCCACAGCUUCUUGGAUCCAGAACUUCUCGGAUCCACAUCCUGGAUCCACAACUUCUUGGAUCCACAAAUUGGAUCCACAACUUCUUGGAUCCACAAAUUGGAUCCACAGCUUCUUGGAUCCACAGGUUCUUGGAUCCCCAGCUUCUUGGAUCCACAACUUGAAUCCACAGCUUCUUGGAUCCAGAACUUGAAUCCACAACUUCUUGGAUCCACAUCUUGGAUCCCCAGCUUCUUGGAUCCACAGCUUCUUGGACCCAGAACUUGAAUCCACAACUUCCUGGAUCCUGGUGCUGCUGGGGCUCAGGAUGAUGCAACCCAAACACCCCCCACCUCCCCUCACAGUGUCCCAGGGCCCUUUCUGCAUUGCACCCCCAGCAUCAGCUCUGCUGGCUCAGCCCCUGCCUGGGGUGGUGCUGAGCUCCCUCUGUCCCCCCCUGUGUCCCCCCCAGUGCCACCAAGCACCUGGAUGUGCAGGCAGCACCCUGGGAUUUGGGAUGGGGGGGGACACAGAUCCUACCAAAGCAGGACCAUGAAGGCAGCAGCCCAGAAAACAACCCAGGAGAGGGUUGGGGUGGGUGGGGGUGAUGCCAGAUUUCUUCCCUUUCUGUGUUUUAGGGUGGUUUUUUUUUGGGGGGGGGGCUGAGUGCUGGUACCACACUUGGGUUUUCUGUGUAACUCAGGGUUCCAGGAGGGUUCAGGCCCCAUCCUGCUGCCUCAUCCAGGGAAAACCCCCCC